CUGGGAGAGGAGCAGGAAGGACGUGUGAGAUAGUUACAGUUGUGCAGAGGACAGGGCAGGAACUAAGACGCUUCACCUCCGCUUCUCCCUUAUAAUAUGAUCGUGCAAAUGGGCAUCUGCGUCGAGAGAGUGAUCUUAUUUUUAUGAGAACGGCGCGCGCAGGAAACAAAUAUCUUCUUUUAAAGUGGCGUUGCGCUCACUUUGACCGGUAAUAGUACGAGACUUGGUGAAAUCUCCAGCUAUAGGGAAACUGAAGUGCUUAUUCCCUCUAGCCAAUCUGCCUCCGCUCGCUUUUGUACGACAAUACAGAAACUUUGCACUGUAGUCGAAGAUUUCCUCAGCGCAUUUCUCUCUACAGAGCAAUACAACGGCAUAUUCCUGCUGGAUAAGUGCCGCUGGGAAAGGAAAAAUCACUUAAAUAUCACAUUUUUCAGCGAUUUUGGAUGCACCGAUGAGAGAUCCAGUUUUUUCAGGCAGUGCCAUGGCUUACCACCCUUUCCACGCUCACCGGCCCACCGAUUUCCCUAUGUCAGCGUUCCUGGCGGCCGCUCAGCCCUCCUUCUUUCCAGCUUUAGCGCUGCCGCCCGCCGCUCUCACUAAGCCGCUCCCAGAGCACAGUCUGGCUGGAGCCGCCGAGGCUGCGCUUCAUCCGGCGCUCAGUCACCACCAUCAGGCCGCUCAUUUACGCAGCCUCAAAAGUCUCGAGCCAGAGGAAGAGGUGGAAGAUGAUCCAAAAGUCACACUGGAAGCGAAGGAUCUAUGGGACCAGUUCCACAAAUUAGGAACAGAGAUGGUUAUUACAAAAUCGGGCAGGAGAAUGUUUCCUCCGUUUAAGGUCCGAAUAAAUGGACUUGACAAAAAAGCCAAAUAUAUUUUGUUGAUGGAUAUUGUAGCCGCUGAUGACUGCCGCUAUAAGUUCCAUAACUCGCGCUGGAUGGUGGCGGGGAAGGCCGACCCGGAGAUGCCCAAGAGAAUGUACAUCCACCCGGAUAGUCCUGCUACAGGAGAGCAGUGGAUGGCAAAACCUGUCGCUUUUCAUAAGCUCAAACUGACGAACAACAUUUCAGACAAGCAUGGAUUUACUAUACUGAAUUCAAUGCAUAAAUACCAGCCUAGGUUCCAUAUUGUGAGGGCCAAUGAUAUUCUGAAGCUUCCCUACAGCACUUUCAGGACAUAUGUGUUUCCCGAGACGGAAUUCAUUGCUGUCACUGCCUAUCAAAACGACAAGAUUACACAGCUGAAGAUUGAUAAUAAUCCAUUUGCAAAAGGCUUCCGAGACACAGGAAAUGGAAGAAGGGAAAAAAGGAAGCAGUUAACUCUGCCCUCUUUGCACAUGUAUGAGGUUGGUCAGUGUAAAGUGGAUCGGGAUGGAGCCGACUCAGACGAGUCCUCAGGCGAACAGGCCGCAGCCAGGGACUCGGUUCAUUCCCCUCUCGGACCUGCAACGAGUCCUCUCAAUUUCACCAGAGCCAGUAGAGAAGAUAAAGCUUGCACUGACAGUGAGCAUGAAGCUGAUCAACAAGAGGAGAUCUGUGGAUCAUCGAGCAGUCCUAAACCACCAUCUCCAUUCAGCCCCAGUUGUGAGGAGCAGUCGAGAGAAAAACAGAACAUGGAGAAGAAGGAGGACUAUUCUGAUUCAAGAAAGCAAAACGAGUCCAUAUUUAGUCUAGGCAAUCUCGACAAACUGGAGAACAAACACAGGAAAGAUAGUACAGAGUCGUCUAAGAAGGAUACGGACAAUGGGGGUCUUAGCGGAAGUAAAGACAGUUUCUCUCCCCUUAUGGUCCAGACAGAGAGUCCAUCACAUUUCGGAGCAGGACAUCUGCAGAGUCUGGCUCUCUCUGGCCUGCACAGUCAACAGUUCUUUAACCCUCUGAACACUGGACAGCCUCUGCUCUUUCAUCCAGGACAGUUCGCGAUGGGCCCUGGAGCAUUUUCUGCUAUGGGUAUGGGACAUCUACUGGCUUCAGUAUCAGGAACAAGCGGCUUGGAGAAUGGUAGUCUUUCGGCACAAGGAGCCGGAAGUAGUCCUAAUCCAUUUCCCUUUCAUCUGUCACAGCACAUGCUAGCCUCUCAGGGUAUCCCCAUGCCUCCAUUCGGUGGUCUGUUCCCCUAUCCUUACACGUAUAUGGCUGCAGCAGCUGCCGCGGCCUCUGCGCUCCCGGCCAGCAGCACUUCCUCUUCUCUCGCGCGAAACCCGUUCCUAACCAGCUCACGGCCGCGGAUACGCUUCAGUCCCUAUCAACUUCCAGUGGCUAUUCCUCAAAGCACAAACCUGCUCACCACUGGAUUGCCAGGUGGCCUGAAUCCCUCAUCAGAGUCCUCGAAAUCAGGCAGCAGGGAGGCGAGUCCUGUGCCCGAUCAACACAAUCAUAAAGCCGCGUCCUCUCAGAGGAACGUCUCUCCCAAAGCCACACUGAAGGAGUCCAUAAAUGAACUGCAGAACAUCCAGAGGCUAGUCAGCGGCCUGGAAAGUCAAAGGGAGCCAUCCUCACCCAGGAACUCUCCCAAAUGAGCCAGGAUCAACAAACCUAUCCAGGGCAUGACUUGAACUGGCAGAGGAUGUUAUUAUAAAGUGGCUAUCUGAAGGAUGUUCAUAUACUUUUUUUUUAACCCAUGGAUGAUCGCAGUGGCAAUAGCAAAAAAAAAAAAAAAAAAAAAAAAAAAAAAAAAAAAAAAAAAAAAAAAAAGGAAAAAAUAAUUAAAAUAAUUUGUUGAAUAACAAGUAACUGGUGCUGUUGUGGUGGAAACUUGAACAGAUCUUUGAAAAUGCUGCGAAGACAAUCUACUAUCCCCUAUAGCCUAAUUUUGCUCUUCAUGGAAAACGUGCUGAAAAAGUUACAUCUAUCCAUAAAUGAAAAUAAAACCAACAGGCCAGUUUUGCAGAAUGUUGUUAGAAAAUUGUCACAGCUGGCCACAGAAGAGUGGAUGUGGAUCAAACGACACUUACAAACUGUAAAGUCAAACUGUAAUUCAAUCAAAGCUACAUCCAAAUAAUAAGUGUAUAUUAAAAGGGAUUGCAGUGGGAGUCAGUGGACUGUGUGUAAUAAUCCCGACAGUUUGUGCGUGACCUAUUUAAUGUAAUUAAGAAGAAAUUCUGUAAAUAAGCUAUAAGGAUCCAAGAAUAUGCAAAUCGGUAUUAAUUUAUUCACAGCUGUACAUUUGCGUGUAUAUACUAUUUAGAGUUUAACUCUGUGCUUUUUUUUUUUUUUUUUUGCUUUUUUUUCCCAUUUUACAUGACUGUAAUAUUGUAAAUGAAAGCUACUGCAUAGCGCUUGUUCGGUUGAAACAGAUCAUUUCUAUCUGUGAUGCAACGCUGUUUAAUCUGCCUGUUACACGUUAAACACAAGCGUGUCUUCGUUGAAUAGUUAGUUGAAGGACAAUUGGGACUGGCGUCCAAAAACACACACUACUAUACUAAAUAGUAUGUCAAGAGUAGCUCACCAUAGGUGUGUGUACAUAAAGUAUAGUGCUACAGAUGACAUACUAUUUAAUACGCUAGUAUGCUCAGGAGAUUCACUCCAACACACGAGGCUUACAUAUGCUUUAGCAAAAUGAACGUGUCGAAUAUGCCGGUUGUUCGGAUAUUUUCUUGUUGGAUCCUCUCUCAGUUUCAAUAAAAAAACGCGUUGAAUUUA